AUGUUAGCGACAAAGACGACAGAUAACCAAAGUGAAGGCACUACUUACCUUUACUUCACUACCACUAGAGCACGUGCCGCAAUCUCGGGUGGCACUGACGUAACUAUCACAGAUGGAUCAAUUGCUAUUGACCAAACUGUUGCUACUACCAGUAACGUAACAUUCAAUAAUCUAACGCUUGCCGGUGAACUUCGUGGUCCUGCUACGUUCACUAUUGACCCUGCCGCAGUUGGCGAUAACACUGGUACCGUAGUUAUCAAGGGCAACCUACAGAUUGACGGUACAACCACUACAAUCAAUUCUACUACACUAACAGUAGAUGAUUUAGUACUGACUCUUGGUGGUGACACUGCUCCAACAAUCGACGAUACGUUUGAUAAAGGUAUUGAGUAUAGAUGGUUUGAUACUCAAGCACGAGUUGGUUUCUUUGGCUUUGAUCGUAGCACACGUAAACUAACAUUCAUUCCUCAAGCAUCUUUAAGUUCUGGAGCAUACUCAGGAACGACUGGUGAAAUUGACGCUAAGGAUGAUUGGUCUAACAUUCUAAACAAGCCCACGACAUCUACAGCAACUUCGACCGUUCUUGGUAUAGUAAAGUUAGUUAGCGAUACUGCCCAGUCUAUUGCCGCCAAUGCCGUCUCAGCAACAGCCUCUAGAACGUAUGGUUUCCAGUUCAAUGCCUCAACUCAGAUGGUCGUUAACGUCCUUUGGACUGACACUACAUAUGGCAUCGCAAUCUCAACGGUACCUGGUCUAGUGGAGUUAGCUAGCGAUACUGCCCAGUCUGUUGCCGCUAACGCAGUGACGGCAACUGCUUCGAGAACGUACGGACUCCAACUAAAUUCGGCUAGCCAAGGCGUAAUAAACGUACCUUGGACAGACACAAUUUACAAUUUACCUACAGCGACUUCUACCGUCCUGGGCGGUGUGGAACUGUUUAGCGACACUGCACAAACUGUUGCGGCAGCUGUGGUAUCAGCGACUGCAAGCCGUACAUACGGUAUCCAACUAAAUGCCGCUGGUCAGAUGGUCGUUAACGUACAUUGGGUUUAUUCUAAUACUGUUAAUGGUGUUAAUUGGGAUGGUAAUUCUUCAGUAUUAGUUGCCUCAACUGGCAGAACCAGUCUUGGCGCAACCACACUUGGUAGUAACUUAUUGACCUUGCCGAACGUAGCUGCAAUUUCCUUUCCUAGAAUUAACGCUGAUAACACAGUAAGUUCACUAUCUGCCUCGGCAUUUCGCACUGCUAUUGGUGCUGGUACAGGUACAGUCACUUCAGUGAGCGGCACGGGAACGGUUUGUGGACUCACAUUGAAUGGCACAGUCACAGGUUCAGUAUCUAACUUUGAUGGCUAUCCUACAUUUAGAAGGAUUGUGAAGGAAGAUUUACCUACAGUUUCCACAGCAUUCAACGCAACUAAUGCCGGCGGAAUUAGUCCUACAUACCAAAAUGUAGGUAAAUUUGUAGGAGGAGUAAACUUUAAUGAGUUUAAUUAUUGGUGGGGAGGGCUUUCUCCUUUUACUACCAAUGUCUUUGAGAUUAGAAUUUGCUCUAACAACCAAGCUGGUAAUGCAAGUUCCAGAUCGGACAUAGGUAUCUAUAGAGUCAAUUUUGUGGGCCACGGCGAUGCAAAUUAUAGCAACACAAGGAGUGCGGUUCUUACUACGGUUGUUCCAGCUGAGUUUGUAUCUUUAAAGAUUGCUAUUGAUGACACUGGUUUAUUAUGGAUUAGGGCUAGUGGUAUGGCUGGACCGUCAGCACGAAUGGCCAUUUAUUCGCUGAGUGAUCUUCCGUAUGAAGGGAUGUCAGUACUUACAACCUCAAGUACCACUCUUGCUCCAAAUAAUGCUGUAGAAGUUAAACCAGAGCAAAAGUACUAUAGCAUAAACACUGGCAGUAUUGGUAAUACUUUACCAACUUAUAAAUUAGAUUUUUCAGUACCUAUAAGUACAACCGAUAGUCACCAAAUAAGAUUUGGUGUAAACAACGGCACAACUAGAACUGGUGGUGUUGGUGGUACAACUGGUGGUAGUUCAAUACCGGGUGGCGGAAUUGUUUUUGCUCCUAAUUACACUGGAUAUACUAAGCGUUCUGCUGGUAUGCUACAAGUCGGAGAAGGUAACUAUUUCCGUUCAGGUCUUGCAUUCUAUGUAAACAACGUUACCGAUCCGACAACUGAUUGGUCAGAAGCAUUGCGAAUUAGUAGCAACAGUAACGUUGGUAUCGGUAUCACUGCCCCAACACAGCGUCUACACGUAGUAGGCUCAAACUCUGGCACUGGUGGAUACACUGGUAUAUUUGAAAAUGCGACCAAUGGCACAAGCAAUGGCGGUGGGUACUUAAUUCAGAAUAAUCAUAGUAAUCAUUCAUGGGGUGCAGUAGCUGAGUUUAGGACACUCACUGGUUCAGGUGGUGCAGAUAGACCUUCGGUUAUAUUUUCGUCAGAUAAGGCAGCAAUCUCUUGGUCUGUGGGCUUUGUCACUGGAAGUGACAACAACUUUAGAAUAUCUAAGAAUCAUGGACACCGUGCGUUCGAGGGUUCAUGGGCUAAUACUAAUGGUGGGUGGGGGCAAGAGUAUCUUACUAUCAACACAGACGGUAACGUUGGUAUCGGAACUUCUGCACCGGCAGGAAAACUACAUGUAGUUCCAACAGUCGGCGGAUAUGGUUCUAUCGUCUCUGCUGAUCUUGCUGCGACGGGUGUAGGAGCCCAAAUUGAAAAUACCAACUGCGGCGCAAAUUCAUAUGCCAUACACAGUGUUCAAAGCCCGUAUACUAGUUUUAGUCUUGUAGCCAGCAACGGCUCAUCUCCAACCGGUACUGCAUAUAGUGCAAUUGAAGUUGGCAGUACAGAUUUUUAUAUUAGAGGAGGUCAAACCAAUAAAGAUAUCUAUAUUGCUACAAACUAUAAUCAGAAUGCAGUAAAAGUAUCUGGCGCAGAUAAGAGUGUGAAACUCUAUUCAGUAGUCGCAUCAACUUCAACUACCACUGGCGCAUUAGUAGUUGAUGGUGGAGUUGGUAUUGCUGGUAAUGUUAAUGUCUCUGGCACUUUGUCAGCAACAUCUAAGUCAUUCUUUAUUGAUCACCCAACUAAACCAGGAAUGAAGCUUCGUUACGGUUCUCUUGAGGGACCUGAGAACGGUGUCUACAUUCGUGGCAAGUUGAAGGGUAAGAACAAGAUCGAGUUACCUGAGUACUGGACAAAACUUGUCGACCCCGACUCUAUCACAGUCACAUUGACACCUAUCGGCAUGAACCAGAAACUAUAUGUAGCAGACAUUAGUAAUAAUGUGGUUACUGUUGCGAAUGAAUAUAGUGAAAUCAAUUGCUUUUUCGUCGUAUACGGUGAGCGUGUUGAUAUUGAUAAACUUGUGGUGGAGAUCGAGUGA